UGGGCGCAGGUGAUGCUGUGUUCGGGAGGACCUCUCACUCCAGUCACGUCUCCCGAAGUGACCGGGGCGGCGAUGCGCAGGACCGGCCUGGACACGGACUGAGGCCGGCACGAAGAUGUCGUACAUUCAGUUGGAACCAAUAGACCAGCAGGGCUUUCUGUCCAGAGUGUCGGAUUUACUCCUGUGCAGGUGGACAUGCAGGAAGUGCUGCGAGAAAUGCCUGGACUGGAGCUGCUGCCAGCCUGCGGAGGAUGAGGUGGAGAUUCUGGGACCAUUCCCUGCUCAGACCCCUCCCUGGCUAAUAAAUGAUCGCAACACUGACCAGGAAACGGAUGCUGAGAAUGCUAACAGCAAUCCUCCACCAACUCCCCAAGGCAUCUUUCCUGACAGGAAGAGUUCCUCAGAUACGUCACGGUCCAUCUACAGCUUUACAAGACGAAUUUCAAAUCUGGAGGCUACCAGACGACCGAGCUCUCCAUUACUUGAUAUCAAACCUAUCGAGUUUUGGGCAAUAGGAUCUAAGAAAGAAAUAGUUCAACCAAAGGUAUUUCGAAAAGCCUACAUGCCUGAGGACUACUUCCGAAAGUUUGAGCCAAGACUGUACUCUGUUGAUUCAAACAGUGAUGAUGUGGACACUUUGACUGAUGAUGAGAUUCUGUCCAGGUAUCAGCUGGGAAUGCUGCAUUUCAGUACCCAGUAUGACCUGCUGCAUUACCACUUGAUAGUGCGGGUGAUUGAAGCCAGGGAUCUUCCUCCCCCGAUCUCAUACGAUGGCUCCAGACAAGACAUGGCUCAUUCGAAUCCAUAUGUGAAGAUGUGUCUCCUUCCAGAUCAGAAGAACUCAAGGCAAACAGGUGUCAAACGAAAAACCCAAAACCCAGUUUUUGAAGAGCGUUAUACAUUUGAGAUUCCAUUUUUAGAAGCUCAGAGGAGGACUCUCCUUUUAACAGUUGUUGACUUUGAUAAGUUUUCACGCCACUGUGUUAUUGGGAAAGUUGCAAUGCCUUUAAAUGAGGUAGACCUUGUAAAAGGUGGACAUUGGUGGAAAGCGCUGAUUCCAAGCUCUCAGAAUGAGGUCGAACUAGGAGAGUUAUUGAUCUCCCUCAAUUACUUGCCAAGUGCAGGAAGACUAAAUGUGGAUAUUAUUAGAGCAAAGCAACUCCUUCAGACAGAUAUGAGCCAAGGAUCAGAUCCAUUUGUUAAAGUUCAGCUGGUGCAUGGAUUAAAACUGGUAAAAACUAAAAAAACAUCUUGCAUGAAGGGGACCAUCGACCCAUUCUACAACGAAUCAUUCAGUUUCAAAGUUCCUGUGGAAGAAUUGGAAGAUAUCAGCUUAGUUUUUACAGUGUACGGUCACAACAUGAAAAGCAGCAAUGAUUUUGUUGGCCGGAUUGUCAUUGGUCAGUACUCCACAGGGGGCCCGGAGUCCAGUCACUGGCGCCGCGUGCUCAAUGUUCACCGAACCUCGUCUGCCCAGUGGCACAGCCUGCGUUCUCGGUCAGAGUGUGACCGCGUCUCCUCUGCAUCACUGGAAGUGACGUGAUGGCAUCCCCUGUGCCACAGCCACCAAAGCUGAAUCGUGCUGGUGUUGGCACCAUCUGGCAGCAUUGGCCCGUGUACCUCGACAGAGAGAAUCACUCCCCUGACUUUGUCUUUGACCAUGUUGUGUUCGAAACAAAACUCUGCAGCACCCAACCAAUGUAUUAGUGGGUUAAUUUCGGAGCACUGACUAAAUUAUUCAUUCAGACACAUAUUGUGCUGUUACAUGUAACAAACACUGAAGAUAUCUGAUUGAAAAUGAAUUUGGCUGUCCCUGUUACAAACUUAAAAAGAUCAAUGUGAGCUUUCUUGAUGUAAGUCAUUCAGUAGCUUAAAUUUGAAUGUUAUUGAUGGGGUUCGUGUUUGUGGAAACCAUCAAUAUUUGAAGGAUUACUGUUGUCAUCUGGGUAAGACUGUAAUAUCUCUAGUGCUGUAAGUCAUUCCACCAUGCUUAUCAAUAAUUAAAGUGUGCAGUUGAUAAUUCCCAUGUACUAAGUAGGUAUUUGAGCACAACAUUUCUGUAAUGAUGAAUUGGGAUCCAUAGAGCUGUUUCAUAAGUUGUGCAGAACUUUGAGCACAUGUACUCUUCACAUGGGGACAUUUGGGUAGAAUGGUACAUCGAUGCAAUACAUUAUCGAGGACUGUCUUGUCUGAUUGGUCUACAGUGUUCAAGUCUUUAGCUAGAAUGAUGUAUGGCUGUAAUUCUAGUUAUCCAGUCAGAACGUUGCCAGUAACAGCUAUUGCUGUCUGUGUUUUAAUAGAUGCUUAUUCACAAUUUUAGAGCAUAUUGUUUUGGCUCAAAGUAUAUAUUCCAAAUAAAGCAAAUGUGGAGA